AUGACGAUUUGUUUCUUCCUCACUCUGCAUAUCAACUACACUUGGUCAACUGAAGUUUUUCAAGAGCGAACCACCUCCAAGACACAGGGAUUUGUCAGCGCUUUGUUCCUGGUCCCCCUGCCCCGGGACAAGGUCAACAGCCUGAGGGGAGUCCCUGGCGCGGUGGGGGUGUGGUGCGGGGAGAGCACCCCGAGUGGGGAGGAGCGGUGCGGGGGUGAGCGGGUGAGUGAUAUCGAGGGAGCACCUGGAGCCGGUGGGGGCCGGUGCGGGAGGAGUGAUGUGCGGGAGCCCCGGAGCGGUGCCGGGAGCGGUGCCGGGAGCGGUGCGAGGGGCGGUGCCGGGGAAGAACCCGGAGCGGGGCGGGAGCAGCGGCUGGGGGAGCCCCUCGAGCAGUGCGGGGAGGAGCAGCCACACCCCGCGGACCGCGGCCGGCAGGAAGCAGCGCAGGGACCGGGAGGGAAGUGCAUCGCCCGCGGCCGCAGGAGAACCCCGGACCGCGCAGAGGCCCCGCUCCCUCCAGCCCGCCGCGCAGAGCGAAAGCGGAAAAAAAGGCGGCCCGGCCCUUCCCCGGGCCCGGGCCCCUGCUCCCCGGCGCGGACGCCGCCACAGCUCGGCCCGCACUCCCGCCGUCGCCGGGGGUCCGAGGGCGAGGAAUUCCCGCGGACGCGGAGCCGGGAGCGCCCGCCGCCACCCCCGCGCCCGGCCGAAGGACCGCGGGCUGCCCCGGCCUCCCUCCCGCCCUCCCUCAGACACGCCCGCGCCCCGACAGGCCCCGACCCGGCCCGCAGGGGGCCGCACUCACCGCGGCCCGGCGCAGCAGGCGCGGAAGCCUGUCGGCGGCCCGGCGUCCUCCCGCGAGCCCGGCCGGCGGCGCCCCCCGUCAACGAGGCUCCCCAGCCCCCGCCCAGGCGGGGCCCGCGCUGA